GUUCAACCGCAAAAGAAGGCCACUGCAACAUCCAGUAUACUCCCCUGGCUCGAAGCUAAAUCUCAGGGUCUUAACAAUGACUUGAGAACCCCGGUCACCCCUUCGUUAAUACAAGCAAAACCACCCUUGCCGUUCGCUCAAUGCCUACGAGGACGGUCCUGAAAUACGUACGUCAUGGGGCAAGCGCAGUCAGACGGGAGAAAUGCUUCUCUCUCCCAUGAGCAGCUGGCCAAAACAUUGGCCGACAAGUUUGCUCAGAAAUGCUUCACAUCCCUCGAGCUCUACUCGUUCAAGGACGUAUUCAAGAGCCUGGCCGACAAUGCGCAAGGGCUCCGCUACUUGAAAGAAGAUACAAUCGCACAAUUUCUCGAGAUUCCAGACGUUCUUGGCGUAUCCCCCGUUAUUUUUCAGAUGAUGUCGUGUAUUGGCGCCUUCCCGUUCCUCGAGGAUGCCCCUGCUGUCCUGGGGCUGGAGCAAAUGGUCAUGGUCGUCACCAUUCUGACCGAGAGAUACCGGCGGGUUCUUGCCAGGGGCACCAUGGACCGCAGGAAACUGCUCUUCAAAAGCUUGGCUGUCUACGAUCGGUGUCUCUCGGAGAGAGAGGGCGACAAGGGUGGCCCGAAGGACCAGGUCGAUGGGAAAGGGCUUGACGCAAAAAGCGAACUUGACGAAGACGAUGACUUGGUCCUCGCUGCUCUCGACUCCUUGGACUACAUCCCCGCCUCAAAGCAGGAAAAGCCGCCCGCCACCCACGGCGCUAUGAUCCCGGCGGAUAACUGGCGAAAACUCAUCAUGCUUCUCCUCUUGAUUGCGCCGCUAGAUGCGCAAGAGAACCUAGCCUCGUAUUCGAAUCGACUAUCUGGCGGCGAGUUGGACAAUUUGAGGGCGACGGCAGACUGGAUCCUCGCGGCCUUCCUAAACGUCGAGAAGACGCCCGGGAUCGGGUUCUCCCGCUUCAACACGGUUAUACCCACAUCGAUGCCCUUCAUGUUCGACGGUCUCACUGCCCUAUUCGAGCAUUUCUUGUUCUCAAAGAAUCUGGCCUUGGAUCGGCGUAUAGGCGAUCAACCUCAGCCGGGGAGCUUGCCCUCUGGACUGGUACAGCCGCUACUGCAGGAUACAGGGUCCAUAAUGAACCUCAACAUCCUGUCCCAGUUAUCCUUCUUCAUACCAGCCUCUUCACUUUUCCGCAGACUCCGUCUCCUGUACUCGGGCGACGAGGACGGUUUCAGCAUGGGGAGUUUUGAGUCCAAGGUCUUCAACUGGAGGGCACCGACCCUCCUCCUUGUGAGCGGAACUCGACUCCCAGGCGAGGCGGCUGACGCACACUCUGGGCCUGCUUCUGCAUUCCUCGCAACCCUGCCCACCAGGCGAUUUUAUCCCGAGAACGGCAUGAGGACCGAUGACGAUAGUGUGACCUUCGGUGUCUACCUGAGCCAACCCUGGAAACAUGCCCACAGAGAGUGCUUUGGGACAGAGGAUACGCUCUUGUUCCAGCUCCAGCCCAUCCACGAUGUCUUCCACGCAUCCACGGUCAACAAGGACUAUGCAUCAUUCUCCAAACCAUCCGCCUCGGCGCCGAUUGGGGGCAUAACAUUCGGCUGCCCGCCUCCACAGGCUACUCAAGCGUCUCGCCGGUCAAACACAAUAGCACUCGGCCCAGUCUCGCUUGUUCUGGAGAGUAGUUUCGAGUUCGGGUGCUUCACGCACGACUACACGUCGCAGGGCGGCGCAUUCCAAACGAGUGUGGCUAGGAAGUAUGACUUCCAGGAUCGUUUCGAGGUUUCAAGUCUCGAGGUAUGGGGGUGUGGCGGAGACGACGAGGCACGCCACCAGGCUGAACGCUGGGCCUGGGAGGCGAUGGAGGCCGAGGCGAGGAGGAGGAUCAACCUCGGCACGGGCGACAUUGACGCCGACCGCUCUUUGCUGGAGAUGGCUGGGCUGGUUGGGGCAAACAGGAGUGGCGGUAGUAUGGGAUAGACAGCGGUAGGAGGGGUUAUGAUUAGCAGAUUCGACAGGCACCGAUAGCCACAGCGGUCGACCCAUGGGUGUAUUGAGAGCGAGAACGAUUCGGCCUACUUCAUAGAUAGGCAUACAAGGCAAAUCCUGGGAGAGUCUGGGUUAACUGGACCA